GGCCGAGGGGUCGAGGACAGACAGGAGGCAACCGACUUUGCCUGGCUUCGGGCAAUUCGCCUUUUGGGCCUGACCCGACAAAGUCGAAUUCUUGGAAACUGCAGUGAGAUGUGAAAAGCAGAAGACACGGCGCAGUUGUUCAGUUUAUGAAGACUUCUCUGUGCCGUGCAGGUCGUGUUCGCACGCUGCUCUUGCUUGCAGGCUAGGUAGGAAUCGUGACGAUACAUCUUUGCGGGCACGCUUUGCUAGACGGAGGAGAGCUGUGUAGAUAGAGUUGUGUUGAGCUGAAGCGCACCUCAAUGGGACAUCGUGUCGGUGCGAAAAUAGUUGUUAUUCCAUGAUGACGGUAAAGGAAGCAGACGCGGACACAAAUUAUUUGGACGAUCUAAACAGAACGUAGUCUUCAAUCACACUCUUUGACAACCGUCCCUGGAUGCACCGAUCGAGCAGUAAAAUCGUGCCCAUUGUCAUUGAUUCGUGCUCGUCCUCGUUGAUACUGCACUGACCAGACACCUCAUAGUCAUAGAACGUCAAACGGUCGACCACCAUGCUGGCGCUGCGUCUCCUGUGCCUGGCAGCGGUGACGUGCGCAAUUGCGCGAGCCAGUGUAGCUUAUGAGAUAGCACGGACGAGCGAUGAUAGCAGCUCUGGCAAGAGUGGUUCGAGAGACUCUGAGCAUGAACUGAGCAACUCGAUAGUGCCGCCAACCAGCGUCACCAGUCCAGGCACUAGCCCCACCACAGCACCACUAUCUGCAAGAUCAGACAGUAAUGAUGAGAGCGAGAACAAUGAGAGAGAGGCGAAGAAGAACCCAUCGCAAGACUGGCAGAAGGAUCCUCGCCCAAACAUCGUGUUCAUCAUGGCCGAUGACAUGGGAUUCAACGACGUCCCGUGGAACGAGAAGUUUAUGCCGGAGGGCGUACGCAAUCACAUCCUAGCCCCGCGUAUGGAUGAACUGGCCAAGAAAGGCAUAAUCUUCGAUCAGGGUUACUCGCUGCCUAAGUGCACGCCGAGUAGGGCUGCUACCAUGACUGGUCGCUACCCGCUCAGGUUUGGUCUGCACAGGGCCAACGUCAACUGGGCCUCACCCUACGGCCUACCGCUCACUGAGACCAUAAUGCCGGCCGUCAUGAAAAGACUGGGCUAUCGCACUCACUACGUCGGCAAGUGGCAUCUCGGUGAGUGUAAUGUCAGCUACGUGCCGACGUCUCGCGGCUACGACUCCUUCUUCGGUUCGUACGUGGGAGGCUUGAACUACUUCACUCACAAAAAGCUUGAUUCCAACGGCAGAAGCUUUAGUGUUCUGCACAACGGCACUCGGCCUACGACCCAGUACUACGGCAUGCACGCCACAGACAUGUUUGCAAAGGUGGCAUCGGACGUGAUCCGCGAACAUGCCAGCGGCGAAGCCACACGUACCAAACCUCUCUUCCUCAACGUGUUCUUCAACGCCCCGCACUCGCCCAUCACACCCGGCAAGUACGGGGUGCCGUUCUACAAGCUGCCAAAGUCCACCUUCAGCUCGCGACGUAAGGGUUACAUGGGCUUGGUUCUCAGCCUGGACUAUGGAGUACACACAAUAGUCAACAGUCUGAAAGAGGCAGGCAUCUGGGACAACACACUGCUGGUGUUCACAUCGGACAACGGAGGCUUCCCCGGGACGGGGCUAAAUUACCCGCUGCGCGGGGGCAAGGGAACGUACUACGAGGGCGGCGUGCGAAUGCCCAUGUUCGCCUACCACAGCGGCUGGCAUAACGUGUCGGGUUACCGUAGCGACACCCUGGUGCACGCCGUAGACUGGCUGCCGACAUUCGCCGCGCUCGGCGGUGCCGAGAAACGUGACCUACCGCAUAGCCUGGACGGUAUUGACUUCAGUCACGUGCUUAAGUCGCCCAUCGACCUGAAGACAAGCCCACGUCAGACCAUGCUCUACGGAGCACUGCUGAAGACCCGCCAGCGCAGAGACGGCCGCGGCACGAUCUCGUCGGCCGUGGGAGCGUAUCGUGCACGCUACUGGAAGAUUGUGCUCGAGGAUAGCCGUAAUCCAAUCAGGGACGAGUGGUACAUCGGCACGGACCCAUUACCUCCCCCCACACGCGGCAACUUGAGUAACCGUCACUUGCUGACUUGGUUCUCCCGGAUGCGCAGCAACUGGGGUCUGUUUAACUUGAAGACGGAUCCGUUCGAGGAAAACAACAUCAUGCGGCAGCACUCUGAUGUUUUCUAUGAGCUACGCAGGCGAUUGCUCUGGUAUGUUGACGAAGGCGUCACGCCGCUUAGUGAAGUGUACCCAAUGCAGCCUGAAGCGGCCAAUCGGCACAAGGCGCUGCACACCUUUUACACGCACGGCUGGUGCUGAGAAAGACUGAUGCAUUGCU